AUGCGUAUCCUACUCAAACAAGAAGCACAUGUCCAGGCUGUCAACCUUUUGAAAAAGAAAAUUAACAAGAGGGCAGACGGCGUGUUUUUGUGGGUUAGACCAGUAGUCGACGGUUUCUCGAGAGGCCUCACCAAAGGCGAGUCAAUUGAAGCGCUUGAGUCUCACCUUAGCGAACUUCCUGAUGACUUAAACGAUUUCCAUCGACACAUGCUUUCCAAGAUCGACCGCCGAUAUUUCCGUGAAACUUCUAUGAUGUUAGAAGCUGUCCUGCGGGCUCGAAGUCCCUUCACCGUCUUACAGCUGGCACUGAUCCUAUACUCCAAUGCCGCGACGUAUCCAGAGACUAUACCAUUUACAAGUUAG